AUGUCGAAGGUCCAACAAUUCCGCGAUAUUUCGCCAGUUCUCCAAAAGUUCCGGAACUUUCUCAAUGGGCGUGAACUAGUCAAUCCAGUGCGAUUCGCACCAAACGUUGCUCCUCUUAGCCCAGACGAUCCCAAUCUACCCGUUGGCCCUGCCCAUAAAUUGGCCGGAAACUACUACUUUACUCGCGAUGCUAGACGUGAGGUUCAGCUUCCAAAUGUCGUCGCCGACAACGGACCCAUUAAAGCCCUUGGCUCUGGAGACGGCUCCGUGGUUUCAACUUCCAAGCCCGGACCCAAGACCCCUGGUCAAGUUUUUAAUUACAGUUCGUAA